CAGACCAUCUAGAUUCCGACUCCCGACCCAGCAACGUCAUUUCCAAGGUUUUCCUUAUGGUGACGCGUCGUAAGAAGUUGGAACACUCUUGCGAUAGCAGUACCAUGCUUUUCCUAUCUUGCACAGAAUGGCUAUACAUAUGUCGAUGGAGCAGUGGCUUUUGAGCGCCACAAUUAUAUCAAUUUCACUCUUCUACUAUUAUCAUCGAUUGCCUUGGAUAAGUCGCCUGCCAAUGUCUACUAAAAUAUCGGAUACAGUGUUCGGAUACUGUACGAAUUCGACCAGUGUAUCUUCUAAACUCAGCAAAGACACUUCAAAAACCGCAGGACAACACGCAGAAGAACUAUACAGCCACUCAAACAAUGCUGCCCUUGCAACAUUCACAGAGCGCCAUCCAGCAUCGAAAGCAGAGCUAGAGCGGGCUCGCGCCUGCGGUAACUGGGGCAAUUCGGAGCCCUCUGAUCUCUUCCUACAGUGCUACCAUGCCGCUCUCUGCUCGCUCGAACACGACCCGCUCGCCGGCAUGAUCAGCCCCAGUCUCAUGGGAAGCCACGGGAUCCUACCCCUCACGAUCAUAGCACCGCUCCCGGAGAUAGUACGGCACAUGUCAAAUCUGAUCGCGCGGGCGCAGAAGGAAGUGUUUCUCGCCACGAACUAUUGGAUCGCUAGCGAUGCAUCUCGCUACAUCACCGAUGCACUCGUCGAGCUGUCGAAUCGUGCGAGGGCGAGGGGCGAAAAGGUGGUUGUGAAGAUUAUGUACGACCGAGGGAGCGCGAAGCAGGUGCUCGAUAACCACCAGAUCGUCUCGCCGGGGACUUAUGCGACGGGACCUGUCAAACUGCCUGCACCGGAGGAUAUCCCGAAUAUCGACAUGCAGGUGCAGAAUUAUCAUCGCCCGAUGCUGGGGACAUUUCAUUCGAAGUUCAUGGUCGUGGAUCGUAGGGUUGGUAUCGUGCAGAGCAACAAUAUUCAAGAUAAUGAUAACUUGGAGAUGAUGACGCACAUUGAGGGACCAAUUGUAGAUUCAUUGUAUGAUACUGCAAUGCUAGCUUGGGAGAGAGAGAUGGAGCCGCAGAUGCCCUAUUUGCAAAGCCCAGCAUCGCUCGAAUCUGAGGAAGUUCGUAAUGAGCGAGCGUUUGGAAAAUUAGGAACGACGAAUGGAGUUUCCGUUGAAACCAAGGACACAGAAAAGCGGCGCGAUUCGAUAGAAGUUGAGGACCGAGAAGCCUUGCAUCCACAUACUAUAGCCGCUCCUCAUUACGAUAAGGAUAUCAGGGCGGAGAUACGUCGUACACAGGCAAUCCUCGAGCCAUGCACUCAUGAAACGAAGAGAGAAGCUGUGACACGCUAUCUCAACGUUGCCACCAAGCAGAACAGGAAAGGCUUCGCACCUGAAUGCAGCCCCGAGGAUGACUUUUUGCCAAUGAUAGCGCACAAACUACACGACCCAUUCCCAAUGGCAUUGAUGAACCGCAAGCCUUUCGGCGCACCAAACAACGAGCAUGUCAUCGUCCCGCAGAACGAAGCCUGGCUAGCUGCCAUUCGGAAUGCCGAAUCAUUCGUCUUCAUACAAACCCCUAACCUAAAUGCCGCCCCUCUGCUACCAGCGUUAGAGGAAGCCGUGCAACGAGGAGUCACAGUAACCUAUUACGUGUGUCUCGGAUACAACGACGCAGGAGAGAUGUUGCCCUUCCAAGGCGGCACGAACGAACAAGUCGCCAGUCGCCUCUGCCAAAAUCUGGAUCUUGAAUCACGACAGAGGCUGAACAUUCAUUACUAUGUCGCGAAGGAUCAAACCGCCCCAAUCCACAAUAAGUUCAAAGCUAGGAGCUGUCAUGUCAAGCUUAUGAUAGUGGAUGGACACGUAGGUAUUAUAGGGAACGGAAAUCAAGACACCCAGAGUUGGUUCCAUUCGAUGGAAGUCAAUCUUAUGAUUGAUUCUAAAGAGGUUUGUGGAGACUGGAUUGAGGGCAUCAGGCGGAAUCAGAAUACACAUAUUUAUGGUGCUGCGUCGCAAAGCGAUGGCAUCUGGAGGAAUGGCAAAGGGGAAGAAGCUGAGGGAGCCAUGGGUGGGAAAGAUCCUGGGCGUCUUGCCUGGGCAAAAGGUAUGGUUGGAGCAGUGCAAAGAGUUAGAGGGAAGGGAGGAUUUUGAAAGUCCUCCUUGACGCUUGGUCCCGAGUGGACUGGUUCACGAAAAUGAAAAACAAAAAUCGCUAUUUUUGAAGAAUCUGGACCGUGCGUGUUGAUGCGUCUCGGCGAUUGCUCUUAUUGCCCAAGUAGUAUUGGCCUUGCCGUUCAAUUAGGAGAGGCUAGUAAAUGGCUCCAUGCAGCAUCUGCCGAUGUCCUUUUCCUUUUAAGCUUUCUAAUG